GCUGCAGUGUUUGCUUGUAGCUGUGCGUAAGCAGGAUCUACAAGCAUACAAACUACAAAGCUCAUCAAGUUAUGAUCCCUGAAAGAAGCAUUUGGACGUCAAUUCAAUCCGGUUAACGGGCGUUUCUUUCGAAGAGUGUUCCCUGUGACGAUAUCUUCGUUCAUAUUGGACUCUUCCUAGAUCUUUGGUACCCCAGAAGCGGAAUUCUGCGAUGGAGCUGGAGUGCACAUUUGACAUACAGAGGGAUAUUGUUCCUUACAUCCUUGGGAGGAGAGAGGAGGCUAUGAGCAAAGGUCAAACAGAUAAGGACCUGACCGUGUGUGUGGUAGGACAGGAACGGAAUGGCACCCUGCUUUACACUUGGGACGAUGUAGCACCAGUCGAUGGCAGUUACGCACAGGUGACCCAUAUUGGACUCUACGAUCCUGCUGAACAGAAGAAUAAAUGCCUCUUUGUACAUGAUUGUAAGAUACUGAUAACCAGCUGCUCUAUGAACCAUGACCACAGCAUCCUGGCGUACGUUGUUAAGGAAACACAGCCCGUAUCACCCCCUGGGGGGCAAGAUGAAGGAGCAACGUCGCUGCCGUCUAUCACUUCACACCAACCGCAAGAUGUGCAUAGGGCAUUCCUUGCCGAGAUCAAACCACAACAUGCCAUCUUUGAUUUGAACGUUGAGCGGUCAUCUCUGCUUCAUGUCCAGUUCCUUUGGCCAAGGACAGUCCAAGGUCCGGCCGACCCCAUGGCCGCUACGGUCAAGGACUGCAGGCUCUUGGUCUUUCUUCACAGAGAAUCCAUUGGUCUGUACAGGGUACCCAUAGCAAGAAUGGGCAAUGACAGUGUGGUUAUCAGUGGGCCACCGGAUGCCCAGCCUGUAGUGAACCGUUUCCUUUGGGCCCAGUGGGAUGCUCCUACACAACGUCUCUUUGUUGUGCUCCAGCGUAACCGACUUCCCUCAGAACCUGAGCAGCUUGCCAUCUUCAGGUGCUAUGAGUUCACAGGUCAAGGGUCACAGACAUCCUUUACCAAAAUGAUGGAAAUUGAGCUUCCUCCUGAUGUCAAGCUACCAUCAAGCAGGUAUUCAUAUGAAUUGCCAUCUCUUAGAAACACGGUCUCAGAUAAAUCCAUCAAUAUGUACGUCAUCUGCCAGUCAGGAGGUUCGCUCUGUGUAUGUUACCAGCUGCCUCACAAGAAACUGACUGGGUCAAAGCCGUCUUCGCGCCGUCAUAGCAAGGCCAAGCUUCAAAUCCCACCAACUGCAGUAUCAGGUUCCGGACCAGAGGGCCAGGUGCAGAGAAGGCCAGGUAGUCUGGACCUAUCACAGCCUGAUCCACUGAGGGACGAUCCUGCAGGUCCUCAGUCCAACACCCCAGGAUCCUUAAUCUCAUCCUCUUCUGUCCCAUCCUUGGCUCGGCUGACCGCUCCUGAAUCUCCACUCACAGACUCCAACCUUGACCUUAGCUACGAUUCCACCUCCAACAUCAGUGCUGCCAACUGGUCAACGCUCGGCUCUCCGUGUUCAGACUCUGCUCCGAGCCCGCUGAAUGGUUCUAGAACAUUACUGGAUGCACACUUGAAUAAAAACUUACAUGAAUCUGGGAUCCGUGAUAAAUCUAAGUCUCCUAGCCAGUUUGUUGAUGUUCAUUAUGUGGUAUUAGUUCUGCAUCAUAAGACUAUUUUACACUGCAGUGUCCCUCAUCUUCAGAAAAGCAUCGCCAAACGAAUGCAGCUCUUCUUUGCUCCCAUGAAUGGAUACAUCAUGGUGUACUACCCCGGGACAGUGCUCCACCUCCUCAAUGUGAACUCCGAGAUGGAGCCGUGUCUCCACCUUGCCUUUGAGCCUCAGGAUGUUCCCUGGAUCCCUCUUCCUGGAGAUGAUUCAGAACAGUCGAGAUCAGAGCAACUCAGAAGCACUAGGCCUCUUCUCAUGCACUGCCAGCGGGACAGGACUGUCAGUAAAUAUGAUGAUAUUCUGUUUGAUGGUAUGUCUGGAUGCUGCUACCAACCAAUCAUCAAUAAAGACAAGCUCCCUCUGUUGUUGAUGGGAGAUAGUCAAGUUCCUUUCAAGCUUGGUCUCCUACAUUUAGCUCUCAUCAAUCUCAAGGAUGCCACACUUAAUAAGAAGAUCAUCGAGAGCAUUACCCAGGAUGCAUUUCAGCUGGAGAUGCAGGACAUCCUUGCAGAGUUCCUGUUGGCAGGCACGUUUUGCUGCGUGAGACUCAAGUUGGAUAAAGAUAUUCUCAGGUACCUUCCUUUCACCAAGGUAGACACCACAAAGACCGUCUUUAUUGAGACACUAGAUGGCAGCAGACUUGCAUGUAUCAAAGCAGUAGAGAACAGAUACAUCCCCAAGAUAUUCCUAGGCAAGAAGGGACGUCGCGACAAGCGUCUUGGUGUGGAUGCCAGUAGUUACCUGUGGGACACUCUUGAGAGGCAGAUAAGGAGAAGUCAAGAUUCAAUUAGGGCACCAAGUAAAAGGUUCGAUACCAGGAAACUGACCCAGAAGCUCAGAGAACAGGAGCAAUCCGUUAAUAUACUAAGGAGUGAAGAAAAGACCACCCUGCCCUCGCAUCCCCAGAACGCCCGCUCGUCGCUGCUCAAGAAAGUAGCUGCCUUCUCCAAGAGGGCGCUCACACCGACCAAGGAGGUCAAACAGGUCAAAGCCAAAGACCCUCUCGCUGCCGCCAUGAUGGAAGAAAACUCGACCAAGGAAACUGGCGAAGAUGGCAAUCAUAAUAAACACAUUGAAAUGAUCUUGGAAGAAGUUGUGUCCUUCUUCCGCUCGAGGAUGCCAUUCCACAACCAGGAUCGGCUGGAGAACUACGCUUCUGAGUUUGUGAGUAGUCAGUUACAACACUUCAAGGUAAUGGUGGCUAUGCUGUUGUCUGCCAACGGAUUCCAUGAAAACAUUGAUGAUCUUGCCCAAGUCCCCUUAUGCGAUGGGCCCACAGAGGAUGAAAUGAAUCUGUUCCACAUGGUUGAAAGGGUUUUUGCUGCUGCUCAGAAUCUCUGCUUUCCAAUGCCCAUUGGUUUCAAGAACUUCAUUCUUUGCCUAGCCUACCGAUGCCUGGAUGCAGGAAUGUUCCUCCAGUAUGUCAAUCAAGGAGUCUUUGACAUCUCAGAGACCUUCAUGACCCGCAUGGUCAAGGAGGUGUCGGAUGAAGAGAAAACCAACGUAGACCUUAAGAUGAAACUCGUACAAAAACUACCCAAGGCAUCUGCGGAUAGAGUUCUGAUGUCUUGGAACCAUCCAUCCAGUAAUCUUAUCAUCGCACAGCAGUAUGCUACAUCUUGCCUUCAUGAAGGUGGUGAAUAUGGUCAAAGAAAUCUGAGCAGUGCAAUGUUGCCCCAAACAAGGUCUCAGAAAUCACGCAAGAAAAGCAUGGAAGCAGCCAUACCAGGGCUAGAGGCAGAAGAGGACUUCUUGGAUAUGAUCCCAAACUUUCCUCCUCUCAACUACUUCAUGAAAUACAUUGAGGGAACAGAUAAAAAUUGGCAGUCUCCAACUCAGUCAAGGUUAGACAUUGGUCAGAAAGCCAACAGGGCGCAGUUCGUAGGACGAGUAGCACUGCAAGCUUCUGUACGGAGCCAUGGUUUGGAUCUUGGCGGGAUAGCUUUCUAGUCGGAUCACCCCAUCCUUAUAAUACAUCAAUAGAAUAUGCUGGAUGUAUUCAGGCUCAAUUUUCAAGAGCCAACAGAAUUGCACUUUGCACAUGAAACAUUUAUACUAGUGCGUAGCGAUUUUUCUUGUGGUGGGGCACCCAAUCAAAACACAUUUUUAUGUAAUAUAUCCUGUAAAACACAUUUUCAUUGCAUAUCCUCCACAUAUAUGUAACUCUUUUAAGGCAUACACACUCAUGUGAUCUGGUAAUGAAUUUGGAAUAGUAACAGAUGCAUUUCAUGGACUUGCCAAAGCUAAAGACACACUUUAAAAUUGCACAAAAAACCAUACUUAAGCAUUGUGAUGUGCGCUCAUCAGAGUAUGGUGUACAUAUGAAUACACAAAGUUGAUCAGUCAUCAAUGCAAAGAACUUAAAGCAAUGUUAUGUAACUAUCAUAUGGUGUGCUGUGAUGUCAUCAUUGUUACCUACUGUAGUUGUAUUAUUGAUGGUGUUUGUGGCAAUAUUAGUAGUGAAAUGAUAAUAAUGAUCAUAGUAGUAGUAGUAGUAGUAGUAGUAGUAGUAGUAGUAGUAGUAGUAGUAGUAGUAGUAGUAGUAGUAAAGUGGUUGUAGUAUUUGUAGUUGUACACUCGACAUGUAAUUGUAGUCAUAUAGCAAAAGCAGCAGUAGUAAUCACAGUGGUCAUGUAGUAGCAGUAGUAUAAAAAGUAGCAGCAGUAGCAUAGCAAUGUAGAAUGCAGGUACUUACAAUUAUUCAUAUACUUUGCAAACAUGGACAAGAGAGUCUGCAAUAAAUUAUAAAUUAUGAUUUAUAUUGAUGGUGUAAAAAGUGAAGAACAAAAUUACAUUUUAUUUAUUUCAUCACACUAGAAAUAUUACCACAUAUGGUUGUGAAUAGCUGUUGCUAUGUAUACUAAAAUGUUACUGUUGCUAUUCACGUAAGUGCAAUAUGUAUGCUAUUGAAAGGGCCUGACCAAUUUUAUCCUAUGUUUAUUAUCUCUAUUUUACCAAAGAGCAUUUUAAAUGAAUACAAAUUCACCAAAGGAUAUAGACCACGUUUUUGCAAUGUAUCAUAUCUCUGUGUUUUUUUUAUAGAUCUUGUAUGAUUUUACAGAUUUUUUUUUUUUUAAAGUAAAUGUACUUAUACAGUAUGUGUGUGUGUAAAAGAUCAAUACCUUUUCUUUUCCUCCUAGUUCUUGUCCAUUAUGCUUUAGAAAGUAAUGAAAACUUUACAACAUACAGUAUGAUUUAUUAAACAUGAAAAGUUUUUCCAUUGUUACGGCAAGACAGACAAACCAGUUUUUAUACUUAGAGCUUACACAUCUGGUUUUUAUAAAUAUCAUUGUGUUGGUGCCAAAUCGCUAGUAUCAAAAAAUUUCUGCAGACAAAGCUGCAUCUAUCUCGACGCUGGCCAUAUCAACUUUUUUCUGGCAUGAAUUUUUAGCCAGCAAAUUACUGAAGAUUAUUAACCAACCUCAAUGUUUUCCUUAUUUUUUUCUUAUUGUCUCCCGUAAUAAAAAAAGUCAGAUUAAAUUCCUAUGAAAUAAACUAAAACGUGAAAGAAAGCGGCAUAUGCUGAUCCUGAACUGUGUGAGACCUGCAAUCGCUUGCCAUAUUCCUUAUCCGAGCAUGUAUCCUCACUCUUUUCAUGUUGGAUUCGAUUUGCAUCUGCGAAGUCAGUUGAGGGACUUCCAUAUUUUCCUAUCUAGAUUGUAACAUGGGAGUUGCUGUUCUUUAGUAGGAAGAGGACAGUGCCUCUCUUUAACUGGUACUUAGUCACAUAUGGUGAUUCUGGCAGAGUUUGGACAGAAUCUGAUCUUAGAUUUUAGCCUUUUUUCAUUUGAAGCUAUCUUUGCUUUGCCUGGGUCGCUCCAUGCUCCUAGCUAUUGACUUGCGUACAUCAGAUGGGGCAAUACCUGAAAGGUCAUACAGAAUUUUUUCACAUUUUAAAUGAGAAUGACUGAUCAAGGGUGACACCAAGAUACACUGCAUGGUCGCAGUGUUCGAUGGACUUAUUGGUGUUUGCUUUCAGUUGGUUGUCCCUGCAGUAUGUUGUCAGUUUGGCUCGUAGCGCUGAUGUAAGAGUGGCCUCUUUGACGUUCACAUCGCUGUUCUGAGCUGCAAUGCAGAGGUCGUCUGCGUAUACAAAGUUUUUAGUGCUUGUUGAAACAGGCCGAUCAUUGUUUAUAUCUCGAACAAAACUGGAGCAAGAACAUUACCCUGAGGGAGUCCAUAAUUUUGAAUCCCCCACCCUGCUGCUAUUCCCAUUGAGCACCACAAAUAAACACAUGUUUUCUAGCAGAAGUCUGAUGAGUUUGGUUAAAUGAAUGUCACUCAUCAUGUAAUGUUGGACUUACCCAUUAAUGGUCUAAACGUACCAUAUCCACACUGUCGAACCAAGCAAGAUUGACAACGUUCCCCUCUUUCGACUUACUUUCCUUGUCUUUUAUCUUCCUAUAAUCACUUUUAAAUCUGUUUAUAUUAUCAUUAUCUUCAGGAAGGGUGCUGAUACCCUAUCUAUCCCUGCCAAUUGCUGUGUGAGUGUCUUGUAUAUUUAUUUAUUUUGACAUUCAGGAUUGGACGAUAAGUUUCUGGAUCGUUUCUCCCCCCCCCCCCCAGAAAAAAAAAAUUGAGCAACACCAUGGUCUGAUUAGUCAAAGUUGAUCCACGUCCUUCUAUCAACUCUGACAUGAUUAAAGAUAAGAUAAACAAAAGAACUUGAAGCUGAACAACGACAGCUACAAGUUACAAUUUGUAUACGCUUUAUUAUGAUGCAAAUAGCUGGUGGAUGUACCGGUAUCGGAAUUAAUCGGCUAAUCUUAAAUGUCUAUAGAGGAGUGAUAUGUUGGCUUCCAUACUUGGCUCUGAAAUUAGAUCAAAUUCAAAUCUCUAGCCCCUAUCAUGAACAAUUUUUCAUGUUUAAAAAAAAAAUAGAUGAAUCCCAUACAAAAGAUGGGAUGUCGAUGCCAUCUUUCAGCCAACUAUACUAGUGUAUGGUGUAAGCUAUCACAUUCUUAAUGUAGUCUACACUUGUCUGUCUUGUCUAUACUGCACCAACCACCUCAACUGGGCUACAAACGUGCAACCCCUCAUGCAUGCAGUUGCAAUUAAAAUUUGGCAGCUGAUAAGCAGGCCUUGAGAAUAAUACUAUCACGCUGGUAAUUUUUCUCGAUGGGCUCAAUCUGGCUUGGGGGUGGGGAGCACUUCAGGAUAUGUUUGCUGUUAUUUCCCUGUCAACAUUCUGAUUAGAGGUGUACCUAUCUAUAUUAACUCAAUCUAAGUCAUAGUGAUAUACCAAAAUAUUCCACAUCGUGACCAAGUAAAAUAGUUAUCCAAAUGAGGUUUCACAAUUGUAAUAAUUUUUAAUUGGAAGAUGUAGUCUGUCUGUCAUAUUCAUGCUCUUCCUUUGUUUGAGGAUUACGAAAUGGAGUCAUUAACCUAGAUCUUUGUGGGUAGCCUGAGUCACCAAGGAUGACACCUCCUUCCCGAUACUGAAACGAUUGUCCUACUGCUGAAUUCUCUGACACUCUGCUGUCGUGAACAGAACCCCGCAAAUGUGUACUUGCAUUAGUAAUGUUGUAAUUGGCAUCAGUGCCAUACUAAACAUUUAUGCUUUGCCAUCCUUUUGGAUUGAUGUACGCAUAUUCUGUUUUCCCCUAACAGGCUGCCACCAAGCCACUAAGACGUGGGUGCAAUCCACUGCACCAACAGCCAUUGGAAACCCACUCAUCUCCAUGAACUCCCUCUGCUUCUCGGCCACUGGUUGCCAUGUAAUCACUUCAUCUUUCAGGUUUACAAGAGCUUCAGAAACUCUAGCAACUAUUCUUCAGACGCUAGCAUAAGAAACACCAUACUUGUUUUGUUUUUUUAAUGCUAUUUUAGCCCCUCCCAUGAACCGACCACCUGUAAUUUAUAGAUGUGCUCAUAGUGAAUCCAAUGACUGAUCAACGCAGGUGGGUUUUUUUUAUUAUUCUGUUCUCAUUCUUAUUUUCUAAGCUUCUUCUUCACCUCCUUUUCUUCAUUUUGUUUUCUUCUCCUACCUCUUCUUUUCCUUGUUAAUAUUACUUUAAUAUCAUUUUUUGUCUAGCUGCAAAGCAGAAGCAUCUUCAUUCUCUCACGAGCCAUCAUCAUAUUCAUCAACAUUUCAAAUGACAACAUCAAUAAUUUUUAUGGUGGUGGAAUCUGGCCUUCUGUUCCUUCUGCCAGUUCCCUCAUUGCAUCAUGUAUAGAAUUGAAUACAUGGUGAACAACAAGAUGGAUAUCAUUCAAAAGUAUCCGCUGUUUUUUUUUCCUCAACAAGAGAAAUUUAUCCUCAUCAUGCUGCACUUGACAUAGGUGAGGUAAAUGGAUACCUGGGCCCCGUUUUACAAAGAGUUACUAUUGAUCCAAUUGAUCGUAACUAUGGAAAUCCAUCAGUGUCAUAAUUUUUUUCUACAGGAAAUUUGCACAAUGUCCUUUGUAAACAAAGAGAAGCACAGUGAAUUUUCUAGAAAACAAUGCAUGAAAAAAUAUACAUGCAUAAUAGAUGUUGACGUUGCUGGCUGUCCAUAGUUGCGAUUGAUCGGAUCAAUCGCAAUUCUUUGUAAGACGGGUCCCUGUUAGGAAUUAUUAACUCCUUCGUAAGCUUGUGCACCGUAAAAAGACUUGUCAUGCUUAUGCCAGGAUGAUAAUUUCCAAAGUCCUUUGGAAGCGCGGAGACGUAUGAUGAUAAUGUGAUGUGCGCUAUGCAAGUAUGAAAUAUUUUAUUCUAUCUCUCACUGGUUGAUUGACACUGAAAAACAGACACACUCGAAACAAAUAACAUCAAAGACAUUCUCAAUUAAGUUUUCAAGUCAUAUAUUCCACAUAAAAAAUUCUUUUAAAGAACAUUCAAACUGAAAUAUUUAUAUUGACAAUUGUACAAAAGAUUAUCUUAUAAUAUCAUAUUUACUUUAUAAUUGAAUGUCAUACACUGAUGAAUCCAUGUGAGAAAUAAGUGCUUUUAAAAUUAUGCCCUGAAAUUCAUGUUUACAGCAUAUUAUUUUUAGAUUAUUCAAUCAUUUUUAAUGAGUAAGAAUGUCAUACAUUUGAAGAAAAAAUGUAAGCCAAUUUGUACUUGGAACAACGUUAGAAAAAUAACGUUACGUUUUUCUAUGUUGUAUGACCUCUAAAACACAUGGAAUUAUAAUUUAUCCAAUGCAUUAUUGCAGUAUUGUUUGUUAGCAUGUUCAUAUUUUAUGCAAUUUGAUGAAAUUUUUGUUUACAAGAGAUCAUAUCUGAAGUAAUUUAUGCAAACUAGACCCCAACUAGUCUAAUUCAUUCAUCAAUAAUGGGUUAAAGGGGGAUUAAGCAUUACAAUUCCCUAGGGGAAAGUAAUAAUUUAAUUUGAAUCUCUAAGAAAAUAUCGACAGAUUGUGUGAAGUUGGAUAUCAUGAGGAGGGAUAAUGUCUGGAAGCUUCCAUCAUAUAUAUACUAUGUACAAUGGUGGUUCUCUUUGGUCAUUCAAAGCAUAAGUCUGCUAUGCAACUGCCAAUUUAAUGCUAAAAGUAUUCGCUAUAUUGAUGUAUUAAAACCUGAAAUAUGCCAAUUCUA